AUGUACUCUGCGCCUCUGCACAUGUACUCUGCGCCUCUGCACGUGUACUCCGCGCCUCGGCACAUGUACUCCACGCCUCGGCACAUGUACUCUACGCCUCUGCACAUGUACUCCACGCCUCGGCACGUGUACUCCGCGCCUCGGCACGUGUACUCCGCGCCUCGGCACAUGUACUCCACGCCUCGGCACAUGUACUCUACGCCUCUGCACAUGUACUCCACGCCUCGGCACGUGUACUCCGCGCCUCGGCACGUGUACUCCGCGCCUCGGCACGUGUACUCCGCGCCUCGGCACGUGUACUCCGCGCCUCGGCACGUGUACUCCGCGCCUCGGCACGUGUACUCCGCGCCUCGGCACGUGUACCCCGCGCCUCGGCACGUGUACUCCACGCCUCGGCACGUGUACCCCGCGCCUCGGCACGUGUACUCCACGCCUCGGCACAUGUACUCCACGCCUCGGCACAUGUACUCCACGCCUCGGCACAUGUACUCCACGCCUCUGCACAUGUACUCUACGCCUCUGCACAUGUACUCCACGCCUCGGCACAUGUACUCCACGCCUCUGCACAUGUACUCUACGCCUCUGCACAUGUAA